AUGACAAAUAAACAGUGGAAGAACGAUAUCGCAUACGCGAUGACCCCUUUCAAAUUGAUUACGUGGCCUAUCGGCGUAUGGCCACUUCAAAUUUAUAACAUUUAUUCGCUAUUGCGUUGUGCUUUAGGCACUUGUUGUGCGAGCCUAGUUGUGAUCUUGCCUUCCAUGGAGCUAUACAUGGGCUGUACUGACGUAGAGCAGAACGUAGACUGUCUGAUGUUAAUCUGUUGCGGACUUCUCGGUGUGUUGAAGACGACAUGGUUCCGCAUUUAUGCAGAUGGUUUAAUUACCAAUUACGACUCUGCUCUAAACGAUUAUCUGACGAUUGACAACACAAGAGAGCGCGACAUUAUGCGAAAACAUGCUUUUAUAGGAAGAAUUCUUUGUUGUUCCAUGCUGGGCUUUUCUUACUUUAGUUGUUUAAUAUAUGGGAUAAUUCCUAUAUUGAAUUACGACCAAGGUAAUCGGAUUAACAUAACAAACGAAGAUAUGAUAUUGGAGUAUACUAUACCAUCAAGAUGCGCUCUAGAAUAUUUCAAUUUUCCAAUCAGCAUGUAUAAACUCACUUGUCUCGUCGAAACUGUUAUAAUGAUACUGGCAACUACAGCUAAUCUUGGUAACGACGCGUUGUUUCUUAACAUUACAUUGCAUGUUUGCGGCCAAAUAAAUAUUCUGAGGAUACAUUUCAUCAACUUUGAUGUUACAAGUCCGCGAAUCAACGAUCGUUUCAAUGCGUUAAUUCAAAGACAUCGUUAUCUGAUAACGCUGACUAGAGAACUUGCUGAUCUGAUCAGUUUCAUAUUGCUGAUGGAAUUAUUCAUUAUCAGCAUAUUAUUAUGUAUAAUGGGAUUUCAGUUUAUGUUCGCGUUGAAAGUCAAUAAUACUGUUAUGGUAGGAAAGAGUUUAAUGGUACUGAGUGCUUUUAUGACACAAUUAACGCUGUAUGGUUUUAUCGGGAAUUAUCUGAAAUCUGAAAUGGAAGACAUAGGGCUGUCUAUUUAUCAAAGUGCUUGGUACAAUUUUCCUGAAAACUUAACAAAAAACGUAAUUUUCAUUCUUAUGCAGACAAAAUCUUCAGUCGCGUUGCAGGCUGGAAAUUUCAUUGUAGUCAAUCUGUCAACUUAUGUGAGCAUUUUAAAAACCUCUUUUUCAUAUUUGUCCGUGCUUCGUAUAAUGCUCGAAGUGUGA